AUGUCCUCAACCGACAAACCAGAGACAAUCACAGGCGGCUGCGUCUGCGCAUCAGUCCGCUACACCGUGACGUUUCCCCCGGACCACGACUUUGCCAACAGCUGCACCACAUGCCAAUGCGAGCAGUGCCGCAAAAACACCGGCUCCCUCAUCUUCCGCUCCCACAGGCUGCCCAAGUCCGCCGUCCAAUACACGGCCCAGUCGACGCUCAAGGUCUACUCGGCCACGCCGCACUGCGAGCGCGGCUUCUGCGCAAACUGCGGCAGCUUUCUCUUCUGGCAGCGCGACAACCGCGACUGCACCUGCCUCACCGUGGGCUGCUUCGACGGGCCGGCUCUGGCACGCUACGGGCCUCUCUUGACGGCGGCCAAGCGGCAUUUGUUCUGUGAGAGGGAGGUGGCCGGCGUGACGGACCAUUUGGCGGGCCAGAGGUUUGCACAGGACGAUGAAUGA